CUCUGACCCACUGCAUCUUUCGGCGGCCCGAGAGUCCCUCAUCCUGCGACCUGCCUGCUGUGUCCGCUGUGCUUGUGCUGCUGUUGCCGCCACUCCGCGCAGGAGACGCCGGCGAGGAGGUGGUUGAGCCCUGCGGAGGGAGAGCACGAGAGCGCCCAGCUGUCUCAGGCACCCAGGCCACCCGUCACUCCCUGCCCUCACUGCCAGAGUGGAGCCAUGAGCUGUGUCCUGACCGGCGUCGUGCCCUUGGGGCUGGUGCUGCUGCUCUGCGGAGCCCAAGGCUUUUUCCUGCCCAAUGUCACACACUUAGAGAAGCUGCUCAGCAAAUACCAGCAGGACCAGCCCCACUCGCGGGCGCGGAGGGCCAUCUCCAGGACGGACCGGGAGGAGAUCCUCAUGCUUCACAACAAGCUGCGGGGCCAGGUGUCACCGCCCGCCUCCAACAUGGAGUACAUGACCUGGGAUGAAGAGCUGGAGAAGUCGGCGACGGCCUGGGCCCAGGAAUGCAUCUGGGAGCAUGGGCCCACCAGCCUGCUGGUGUCCAUCGGGCAGAACCUGGCCGUGCACUGGGGCAGGUAUCGCUCCCCUGGCUCCCACGUGCAGUCCUGGUACGAUGAGGUGAAGGACUACACCUACCCCUACCCCCACGAGUGCAACCCUUGGUGUCCGGAGAGGUGCUCUGGGCUCAUGUGCACCCACUACACCCAGAUAGUUUGGGCCACAACCAACAAGAUCGGCUGUGCCGUGAACACCUGCCAGAGGAUGAAUGUCUGGGGAGAUGUUUGGGAAAAUGCCGUCUACCUCGUCUGCAAUUAUUCUCCAAAGGGCAACUGGAUCGGAGAAGCCCCCUACAGAACCGGCCAGCCUUGCUCUGAGUGCCCGGCCAAGUAUGGCGGUGGCUGCAAGAACAACCUCUGUUACCAAGAGACUCACGGCCAGGAACCUGAAACGGACGACAUGAACGAGGUGGAAAUGGCCCCUAUUCCUGAUGAGAAGCACGUCUGGAUCAGCCCGAGGGUGAUCAAACCCACGAAGCCCAAGAAAGACUCUCCCGUGAACUACAUGACCCAAGUCGUCAAGUGUGACACCAAGAUGAAGGACAAGUGUAAAGGGUCCACGUGCAACAGGUACCAGUGCCCAGCAGGCUGCCUGCACAGUGGAGCAAAGAUCUUUGGGACUCUCUUUUAUGAAAGUGCGUCCAGCAUCUGCCGGGCCGCCAUUCACUACGGGAUCCUGGACGACAGGGGAGGCCUGGUGGACGUCACUCGGAACGGGAAGGUUCCCUUUUUUGUCAAGUCAGAGAGAAACGGCGUGCAGUCUCUGAGCAAAUACAAGGCUUCCAGCUCAUUCACGGUGUCCACAGUAAAAGUGCAAGACCUGGACUGCUACACCACUGUGGCCCAGCUCUGCCCGUAUGAGAAGCCGGGGACACACUGCCCAAGAGUUCACUGUCCAGCUCACUGCAGAGAUGAGCCGUCCUAUUGGGCUCCCGUGUUUGGAAGCAACAUCUAUGCAGACACUUCCAGCAUCUGUAAGACCGCUGUGCAUGCAGGGGUCAUCCGGAACGAGAGUGGGGGCUAUGUGGACGUGAUGCCUGUGGAUAAAAAGAAGGCCUACGUGGGCUCGCUCAGGAAUGGAGUCCAGUCUGAAAGCUUGAGGACCCUUAGAGACGGAAAGGCCUUCCGCAUCUUUGCCGUGAGGCAGUGAACUUGCAAGGCUGGGGAGAAGGGCACGUCUUCAAGACGGCUUUAGGGGUUCUCUUUUUAUUUUUAUUUUGUCAUUGGGGGGGGUGGGUGGGGCGGGGAUGUGGGGAGUCAGGAAGCUUCCUUUGAUUGGUGUCCAGUGUCCCGUCUGCCAUGCCUUGGGCUCAGCUCCUCACACCGGGAAGAGAGAGCAUCCCAGGGGUCCUGAGCAGACAGCUGGUGAUCAUCCUGCUGAGGCCCAGGGGUCUCCUCAUGGAGGUGUCUUUCUAUGGAUGGAGAGAAGAUUCCUACCAGAGGAGAGAAUGAAGAAUUUGGAGCUGACACCGCGAGGCACUGGGGCCAUGGAAAGAGGCGCACGGAGAACACUUGGGGGCGGGGGAGUUUCAGGGAUGGAGUAGAGGUAGCUAUUUAAAACAUUCAGAAACACAGUCUGUCCCUACCAAUGGUGAAAAUGGGAUCAAUGUUUGCUGGUCAGACAAACGGGCUGGUCUGGGGGACUCUGCCCUGGCGCCUGUCCUGCUCCCGUCCUGCUGCAUGCGGGCUGGUUCUACACACAGCAGUGCUGGUUGACUUCGAGUUCAGCCCUAAUUCCAGAGAUGUGUCUUGUCUUGGUCCUUCCCUACGUCCCUGUGGCCUGUCUGUCUGCUGCCUCGACCUUUGGUCUCAUUGAGGACUAACGAACCAGGACCCUUCCUUGAUCCCCUCCUCGCUGCGGCUCACACCCCGCCCAGACUAGUUUUUGUGUCUCCCACCAGGGUCUUUGCUUAGCAAGUGAUUCUGUAUGAAGCCCACCUUUUAAUUUCAACCCCUCGUUCUCUGUGGGUCCCACCAAGAUGUCUAAAAACAGCCAAAGAAGGGCUGUUUAGUUGCUGCCUUUAAAGAUGGCACUGAAGUGUGCAGAUUCCGGCAGAUGACCUAUUUUUCUGCAGUGGGAGGAAUGGCUUCAUUCUUUAGUACAUUCCUUGCCGAGGUUAGCAGCUCUGGAAGGAGACACAGCCUGUGGUUAUGAAACCAUCUUGCGGCAUAAUAACAAGAGAUGGUAACACACGCGGGGGAUUUCUCUUCCUGUUUUUGUGGAACGGUUCUAGCCAAAUGUUCCUGAGGCUCCGAGGAGCGUGGUGCUCUCUGGCUCCCAUCACCAUAUAACUCGACCCGAACCCACAGUGAAAUAAAAUACCCUUCUGUAAAUAGUGUUUCUUUGCAGAAGGUAAAAUUCCACCUUCCACCACCAGACUGGCCAAUAGAUCACUUUCGUGAAUGCCAGUUUCAAAGUUGAUUUCACCCUCAAUCAGCAUAUUUCAAAGGCAAAAGAGCUAGCAAAAAGUUAAAAAGAAAAAAUUAAGAUAGUCCGGACGAGGAACUCUACCUGGGGAACCAAGCUGGUGCUUCCAUCGGUGUAUCCCUAAUUAGAGCAGAAACAGAAGGUAAAUACUGUUCCCAGCUAGAGGGAGUUUGUAGAAGGAAUGAAACCGUUAACCCUGAAAGAGCUGAAAUGAGCAGGACUGUUUUUGCUUUGCACUCUGUGGGCUUGUUAUAAUUCAUAAGUACUGACUGUCCGACUCCAAAUGUCAGAGUGGAAGAAUUUGGUCCGACUGUCAGAUACUCAUCUUGUCCCUGCCAAAGAUCUGAGUCCUUGGAAACCUCUGGAUGCUAGCUAGGUAUUACACUGUUGGACUUCUGCUUGUCACUAGGCUUUGGUGGCUGUGACCAAGUCCAAACUCUGAGUUUGGGUUUUUAGAAUUAAUGGCAGUCCAGGGGAAUUUCAGUAUGUUUGCUUUUAAAGCAUUCUGCCCGAGGGAGAGUCUGAAACAUCCAAUAGGAGUGAACUGUAUCAUUUAAAAAUAAAAUUUCUCGUUCCUUCAUUAACUGGCCCGAAUAAUGGACUAGAAACUUCUUGCCCAGAACCAGGUCUUGCUAUUUUUUUCACUCUCACAAACAUUUUGAAGUUGGAACCAUUUAUCUUCCAGAAGUGAACACAGGGCUUCCAAGUAGAAGCUCUCCUACUAAUUAGGGACCCCCUUCCAUUUAGUGUGUUUACCAGUGCCUACGGCGCCUUCAGCACCUCACCCAUAAGAAGAUGAUAAAUCUGGCCGACAGUGUUACUGGGACCCCCCAAAAUAUAAAGUUUUGGUUUCCUUCCGGGUUUUCCUAUCAUGUUCUGAUUUUUCAUACUGUCUGUAGGCUCACUCAGCCCGCAGCUUACAUGUGUGCUUUUUUCUAUGAAAAAUGAUGUAUUUUACUACUUCCUAUGUACAAAAAUUUAUUGUAAAUUUAUGUGUGCUUCGCUUGAACAGGGACCACGUUGCUGUCAUUUCAAUAAAACUGACUUGAUUUCUAAAA